UAGUGGGAGAGAAGAAGAUAAGCAUAAAAAAGCGAAGGAGCCAAGUCAGCAGAGCUAGUCACAGCGGUUGGGGGUUGAGAGAGACGGACCCGCCUCAUUGUCCUUUUGAAUGGUAUAAAGGCCUCUCGCAUUCAAAGAAUAUGCUCUGCUUUCUCUUCUUCUCUCUCUCUCAUUUAUUCCUUUUCUCAUCUCUUCUUCUUCUUUCCUCUUUUCUUUCUAAAUACAAACAUCUCUUUAGUUAAUAUCUCUCUACACUAGUAGCCAGCCAGUAGAGUAUUUUUAUUUUAUUUACUACAUUCUCCCCCUCUCAUCCUUCUCAGAUCCUUAAGUAUCUUACUUUCCCUUUUCUCCAACCUACAGAAACGAUCAGAUCAUGGAUUUUUUCCUUGAGUUUAUUCUCACGGCUCUUCUUGCUCUCUUGUCUUCUUUCCUUGUUGCCUAUCUCGUUUCUUCUGCUACCCCCAGUUCCGAUCAUGCCGAGAAUAAGCCUGAGAUCAUCGGUGUCGGUGAUCAGUUUGAGACGGAUGAGGUUCUUCUUUCAGGUAAGAAGAUGGAUGCUCGAGUUAUGGAGAGCGUGAUGAAUUCAUCAGCUGUUGAUGAUAAUGUGGAGCUUGUUGAUCGGUUUCUAAACGAAGCUGAUCGAGUUUAUGAAGUCGAAGAAGCAAUUACAGGAAACGCUGUAAUCCGUGGUGUGCACGAAGCUGAGUCCACGGCGGUUCUCUCGCCGGAAAAUAGUGCGAUCGCCGAAAAGAUCGAAUCGGCGGGAGAAAUCGGUGUUGAACGGGAAGAGUUAGUGGUUCGAACCACAGAAGCUGCUGAGUCUACUGGUUCUGUCUCGCCGGGAAACGUGGUUGCGGAGGAGAUUGUGCUUCCAGGACAAGAGGAUCGAAGCGAAUCAACAGAGUUAGGAACAAGUAGUUGCGUAGAGAAGGAAGAAAGUGGAGGAGAUGUCGCAGUCGCUAAAUUUGAGGAGGAGGUUAGGGUUGAAGAGACUAAUACGGUGGCAGAGAAUCAUGCUCAAGGAGAUGAUGAACAGAAACAGGAAUUAAGUAUUGAAGACGAUGAUGAUUGGGAAGGAAUUGAGAGGAGUGAAUUGGAGAAAGCCUUUGCCGCUGUUGCAAAUCAUUUGGAAGAAUCCGGGAAAUCGGAAGGUAUGGGUGCUGAGGCUAAGAUGGACUUGUACGGACUUCACAAGAUCGCCACUGAAGGCCCAUGCCGAGAGGCACAACCUAUGGCCGUCAUGCUCUCUGCUCGUGCCAAAUGGAAUGCCUGGCAAAAACUUGGAAACAUGAGUCAAGAGGAGGCGAUGGAGCAGUAUCUUGCACUUGUCUCAAAGGAGGUCCCUGGUUUGAUGAAUGCUGGUCAUACUGUAGGGAAGAUGUCAGAAAUGGAAACCUCUGUUUGCUUACCUCCUAAUUCAGGGUCAUUAGAAGAUCCGACCAACUUAGACACAACUGGUGUUGAUGAAGCCAGCAAAAAUGGGGAAAGGUGAAAUCAGUGCUUAAGCAGGCGAGGCUUGAAGGAGGGUCUUUGGGCAAACAAAGGCAAAUCUAUUCUUUUGCAUAUAAGUAUUUUUAGGUGCAACUUGGGUCCUGGAGACUGUAUGCAUAAUACAUUAUCCUCACCCAAUGGUUUAAGCUUUUCUUUUGAUCCUUUCGGUUGAAGGAGUUGAAAGAAACAAAAGCGCUCAAGUAUUCUAUAUAUACUUGUAUAUAAGUGCGCGAGGAUUGGUUGAUUUCUAGUGCAUUGAUAAUGCUAAGACCUAUGAUUUAUGAAUCAAGCAAGGGUUGUUCUAUCCUCCUACCACUUUCCUUUGGUUUGAUUUUAUGUACCAGACUCCGAAAGGUUAACAGCUGAUUAUAUAUUUGCCAUCAAUACUCCUUUCAAGAUAAGCAAAGGUUUCUUACUUGCAAGAGAGAGAGAGAGAGAGAGAGAGAGAGAGAGAGUUGAGAUCAGUCCAUGUGAAGCAUUCUCACAGGUAGCGUCUCUAAUUAUUGUACCUUGUUAUGUGCAUUUCGACCAAUGAACAACUUCACAA